GCCCGCCCAUUGCCACUCCUCCGCCCGGCUCCCCUCUGGAUAAGCGUAGUGUGUAUAGUGUCACAUCAGACAGAGUGGGACAAUAGCCGCUGAGAUGUCGUCGUCUUCUUCAUCAUCCGAGCAAUACGAGGAAGGCGAGUAUGAGAGCAAAGCCAAGAGAAUGAAGAGCGGCCAGGAGGACGGCGAGAUAGACUGUACAUCGGAGGAACAGGAGGGGGAGACGGCCACAGUACCUGGAGACACGGCCAGCUAUGGGGACGCAGGUGGAAAUCAACACAAAGUAUCGGUCUCUCCUGUGGUCCAUGUACGAGGGUUGUGUGAGUCGGUGGUAGAGGCUGAUCUAAUGGAGGCUCUUUCGAAGUUUGGGACAAUAUGUUAUGUGAUGAUGAUGCCCUUUAAGCGUCAAGCCUUGGUAGAAUUUGAAAAUACCGAGUUUUCUAAGAAAUGUGUUACAUUUGCUACCUCUGAGCCUGUGUAUAUAGCAGGACAGCAAGCCUUCUUCAAUUAUUCCACAAGCAAGCGAAUCACACGGCCAGCAAACACUGAAGAUCCUUCUGGGGGAAAUAAAGUCCUUCUACUAUCGAUUCAGAAUCCCUUAUAUCCAAUCACAGUUGAUGUCUUGUAUUCAGUCUGCAACCCAGUAGGAAAAGUGGAGCGUAUAGUUAUUUUUAAGAGAAAUGGGAUUCAAGCCAUGGUGGAAUUUGACACAGUGCACAGUGCCCAGAAGGCCAAAGCUGCAUUAAAUGGCGCAGACAUUUAUGCUGGAUGCUGCACACUGAAAAUAGAAUAUGCCAGGCCUACACGUCUUAAUGUUAUUCGGAAUGAUAAUGAUAGCUGGGAUUACAGCAAACCCUACUUGAACAGGCGAGAUCGGGGUAAGGGACGUCAGCGGCAAGCAAUUCUAGGAGACCACCCAUCAUCGUACAGAUAUGAUGGUUAUGGAAACCAUGGCCCAUUGUUGCCUCUACCAAAUCGAUAUAGGAUGGGUACUAGAGAUACUCCAGAACUAGUAGCUUAUCCUCUUCCUCAAACCUCUUCAUACUUUCAUGGUGGACCUACUGUUGGUUCAGUAGCCAUGGUUAGUGGUCUUCAUCAGGAGAAGAUGAACUGCUCUCACGUUUUCAAUCUCUUUUGCCUAUAUGGGAACGUUGAGAAGGUAAAGUUCAUGAAGACUAUUCCUGGCACAGCUCUUGUAGAAAUGGGCGAUGAGUAUGCUGUGGAAAGAGCAGUCACACAUUUAAAUAAUGUGAAAGUCUUUGGAAAAAGGCUAAAUGUUUGUGUAUCAAAGCAGCAUUCUGUUGUCCCAAGUCAGGUUUUUGAACCUGAAGAUGGUACUUACAAGGAUUUUUCAAUGAGUAAGAAUAAUAGGUUUACCAGUGCUGGUCAGGCCUCCAAGAACAUCAUCCAGCCACCAUCUUGUGUUCUGCAUUUUUAUAAUGUCCCCUUAACAAUGGAUGAAAGUAUAUUUCAAAAGCUCUGCGAAGACCACAACGUUUCUACAUUCAUCAAAUUCAAAGUGUUUGAUGCAAAACCUUCAUCUAAAACAUUGUCUGGCCUGCUAGAAUGGGAGACAAAGAAUGAGGCUGUUGAAUCACUCACAGUAUUAAAUCACUAUCAAGUAAGAGUACCAAAUGGUUCCAAUCCAUAUACAUUGAAGCUGUGUUUCUCUACCUCUUCCCAUCUUUAAACAAGAGUAUCGCAGAGCUUUUGUACUCUGCAUGAUUAACAAUGCCUUGUAUUGAAUAUAUGUUCUUAGAUGUUUAAAGCAGCACUACAUGUUUUUAUUAUAAAUGUUAGCUUAAUUUAAUAUGGAAAUAUGGGAUAUAACAAUAACAAAAUGUAUUUGAAUAUCUUGCAAAUUUCCAUUACCAGUAAUUCUCAUGGAUUGAGGUUUUAGUCUCCUUAAUAAGAACGCCUGACUGGUGGUUUUGUUUUCUGUACCGUAUUUUUCGAUCCAUAAGUUGCACUUUGUCUGUGCAUCUUAUGGAGCGAAUACUGACCAGCAGAGCCGCUGAUAGGGGAAUCGUCUUGGUGACAGAAUCUCUCUGCCCCCAGCUAAAUCCUGUUUCUUCCCUGCCUUCUGCUGCUAUAGGGAGAUUAACAAAAGGCAUUGUUCUUUAAAUAACAUCUGCAUUCACAUGUAAAUUGUUAUGUAAAUGCGGUCAGCCGCCGUGAUUCAUAUGCAAAUCAAGCCCCACCCUCUGCAUGCUGCCCACCUAGAGGAUGUAAAAAGCAUACAGGUGAGCAUAGGGGGCAUAUAGAGGUAAUCAAAAAGGGGGGCUUGAGGUGCAGAGGUGAGCAGAAGAGGUGUGCAGUCAGCUGAGCAGAGGUGGUGUACAGAGGUGCAGAGUUGAAUGGGAAGGAAUAGUUGGAGUGCAGAGGUUAAUACAGUAGGGGUUUGGGGGACAGAGGUCAGCAGAUUGAUGAGUUAGAGGGGCAGAGUUGUACUGAGAGGGAGAUAAUAAUGCAGAGAUUAGUAGAGAGAUGGGGGGGGGGGGGGGGUUACUGUAAAUACACCUGUUAUAUGGCUAGUCAGUGUAAAUGUCUCAAUGACAUUGGUGGUUGAUGUAAAUACUCCUGUUGUGUUGGGUCAGUGUAAAUGUCCCAGUUACAUUGGGGAUCAGUGUAGAGUGCCCCCUUAAGCCUCGUACACACAACCGAGUUUCUCGGCAAUAACCAGCAAG